AUGGCCGAUGUCGACAUGACCGAUGCACCCGCGGGCCCUUCGACUGCUAAGAAAGCAGGCAAUGGCGGAAGCAAGAAGCUAGAUGGAAAGAAGAAGUUUGAAGUUAAAAAGAUUCAUGCUGUUGCUCUGUGGGCCUGGGAUAUCGUCGUAGAUAAUUGCGCGAUCUGCCGCAAUCAUAUCAUGGACUUAUGCAUCGAGUGCCAAGCAAAUCAGGCGUCAGCCACAAGCGAGGAGUGUACUGUCGCCUGGGGUAUAUGCAACCAUGCUUUCCACUUCCAUUGCAUUUCACGAUGGCUCAAGGCCCGUCAAGUAUGUCCGCUGGACAACAGAGAUUGGGAAUUCCAAAAGUAUGGACGAUAG